CAAUUACUAUUUAUGUCCGCCAUUCAUUCUUUUGAGUUGCUUUUUCGUUUUACGAUUCCCGAGAGCACGAUUUGUCAAUUGUCAUCGAGAUCUACGCAACACCAUCGCGUAAUUAAUUAACCUACGUAAAAGCAGUUAAAACAAUAAACUCCACGCGUUUAGGCAUCACAGCCACCAGUGUAGUGUAUCAGCCAUCUGACGUGAUCUUACCGUGAGAUUGUAUCUACCAGUGAUGCUUUUGCCUGCCUUUUACGUUAUCGGUUGCGACGUGAGUUCGAGUGCCUGAUGGUGUGGAAACUAUGUGCGAUUAACUUUACAGUAAAACAGGACUCAGUAUGGGGGCGUUUUUGAAUAAGCCCGAGACUAAGAAAUACAACGAGAGCGGGGAAGGGAAUGGUCUUCGCUAUGGCGUGGCGUCGAUGCAGGGUUGGCGCGUUGAGAUGGAGGAUGCGCAUCACGCGCAGCUGACUCUGAAUGGUACUCUAUCGGACUGGUCUUAUUUCGCGGUGUUUGACGGACAUGCAGGGGCACGGGUGUCUGCGCAUUGCGCGGACAAUCUCCUCGAAUGUAUCCUUCAGACGGACGAGUUCCGGCGUGAGGAUAUAGCCGAGGCGAUCCGCGCAGGCUUCCUGGACUUGGACAAGAAGAUGCGAGAGCUGCCGGAGCUUUCCAACGGCGAGGAGAAGUCUGGUUCGACGGCCGUGUGUGCGUUUGUGUCCCCCAAGCAGAUAUACAUAGCGAACUGCGGCGACUCCCGCGCAGUGCUCGCUCGCAACGGUGUGCCGAUCUUCGCGACACGAGACCACAAGCCGGAGUUACCGUCGGAGAAGUCGCGUAUUGUUCAAGCUGGUGGUUCAGUCAUGAUUCAGCGCGUCAAUGGAAGCUUGGCUGUGUCUAGGGCACUAGGCGACUAUGAGUACAAGAAGGUGAUGAACCGUGGCCCAUGUGAGCAGCUUGUGUCUCCUGAGCCGGAGGUAUCUGUUCAUGAGCGAAAUGAGGUUGAGGAUGAGUUCUUGGUGCUGGCCUGCGAUGGUGUGUGGGAUGUGAUGAGCAACGAGGCACUGUGUGCAUACAUACACUCACUGCUUCAGCUGACAGAUGACCUUGUGGCUGUGACCAACCAGGUCAUUGACACUUGCCUGUAUAAGGGCAGCAAAGACAACAUGAGCAUUGUGCUGGUGGUGUUCCCCUCAGCGCCGAAGCCGAACCCCGAGGCCCAGCGUGCUGACCGAGAGCUCGACGAGACACUCCGACAGAGGCUCACAGCUUUGAUAGAGCGCAGCGCCGGUAAUGAGGAGCGCGAGGACUCUGCAAGUCACUUCUCCUGGGUGCUGAAGCAGCUCGUGCAGGAGAACAUACCGGGCUUGCCGCCAGGUGGCGGGCUUGCUGCUAAGCAAUCACUGCUGGACAAAAUAUACAGGGAGUUCUAUCCGGACCACAUCGACAGCUCGGAGACGUUCGACAGUCAGACGGAAUUGGCCGACGCGUUCAGCCCUAACUAACGCAUAACAUUACGUUCUACUAACACACGGGACGAGCUCGCACACAGCGCGCUAUGCCACAACGCGACACCAGCGACAUCUGCGUCGCCUUCAAAUUAAUAUUGUUUCAUUAGUUUGGUAAGUAACUUUAGGAAACUUUGUUUUGUACUAGUGACACUCACUAAAUUAAUUGUAAUUUCAACAUAUCAAACCAAAGCUUAUUUUCAAAUAUAAGGAUCAGGGAAGAUGUAGAAUACGGUUUUAUUUCCGCUUUCCCAUCGUCAAAGAGUGUACUCGCCAAGUGUGCGGUUUCGUCCCAAAAUUAGCUGAAUACAUCAUACUAGAAUAAAUUAAAUGGAAUUCUAGUUACAUUACUUUAGAAUUUUGAACGUUGGUAACAUUUCAUUUUGUACAUAACUGUCUCGAAUGUUGGGUAAUGUAGUUGGAAUUUUGUUUGAUUCAGUCAAUACUUGGUGCUUCGACUGUGUUGACGCGUCUGUUCAAUUGUACCUGGGAGACUCCUAUUAUAGUAGUUUGUAACUUUAUUUCUUGUAUUGACUAUAGCACGCAGGUGACGUGUUCAGAGAAAAGCAAUUAAGUCCUGUCUCUGGUCUUAUAAAAUUCCUCGUAUCUUUAUAAAGCGACAUCUCCAUAAAAUGUAAGUGAACUGACAACUGAACAGAGCCGAAGCAUGUUGGAAUCCUAAAAUGCAUAUUAUACUAUGUAAUACUCUUUAGGCUGUGGUACGGCCUUCAGAAUAAAUGUUUAUUAUAAUAAAACCUUCUUCGUUUCGCCUCACCACAGCCCCUCACUUGUAUCACACGGCACAAAAUUCAUUAUCUCCAGCCAUGUUAUACUGUAACCCUGCCGGAUUGAAAAUACCCAUCUUAACGGAACUUUCAUUUGUAUAGCAAACAUUUAUUUUUGUCGCGUUACAAUUUUAUUUUGUGUAGCUUAGAUUAUUUGUUUCGUGUUUACAUUGGCCAUUCGUGAAUGUCAUAAUAUUAGAUGUAUAAUAUUUGAUAUUCGAUUGGAUUUAAUAGGAUGUCAACGAUACAGUUUCCUUGUGUGAGCGGUUCAAUGUUUUUACUUUGUUCUGGCGUUUAACAUUUUCGUUAAGGACUUACUAGACAGACGAUUUACCUAAAAUUGUUUAGUAUCUAGAGAAAAUUAUUUGUCGGUAGCAAAAUUUUCUAAAUGUCAGUGUUAAGAUUGUAAUAGGACAUUGAAAAUGGCCAGUCGGUUUUAGUGUAAUCUUAUGUUCCAUUUCACAAGAAAGCCUAAGGAAGAUUGGUUAAUUGAUUUCUCAAUUCUAAUAAUAAAUACCUAGUUUCAUUUUUGUACAUAUUCUUUUCUUUAUUACAACAUACAUAGUCAUUAUCCAAAACGUCAAAGUAACCUUUAUUGAUUUAAAAGUAUAAACUAGAAUUAAUAAUCGGGAAUUGGAAUAUGGGGUAAUAUUAAUUGUUAGUUUUUUAUUUCAUAAAAUUUAUCGUACUUCGUUUCGUGUUACAGAAAGUAUGAAAUUAGAUUUAAUCGCUUUUUAAAAGUUACGCGUUAUCUAAAGAAAUAUUGGGUAUGCUUUUAAAUUUUUGCUUCGUACUUAGAGAUGAGGAACGUAACUAAUCAUUCGAUACGCGUAGUCUGUUGCCGUACAAUGUAACAUAUUAGACCGAAUUCCAUUUUGUCAUAUAUUGUUGUUACCAAAUUCUAUGUGUACUAUUCACUUCUGAUAUUCACCUCUUGUAAAUAAAAGAGAAUAGAAAAAAAAUACUUUUGUACCUGUUUGUGCGGUUUAGCGUGUAACUAACUAAUUGUGAGGAGUUUAUCGUGUCAGUACUCGUGGAAAUACAUAUGACGUCAUCACAAUCCUUAUUUUUAUAUCGUUUGUUAGUUUUAGUUGCCGCUUUGCGUUCUGUUGUAAUUCGCGAUGAUAGUGAUUACUUAUUUAUGUAUUAUUCAAAUACGGUCUCAAAAGGAAAGACCAAUU